CACGGGUUCGGUUUCCGGUUAUGUGAACAGGAGGAGAAAAAAAAAAAAAACAACACUUUUGAAAACCGAAUAUGAUAUAAACAAAACGUGCUUGUUUUUGUUUUUACUGAUAUCUGAAAGAACCGGAGGAGCCCUAAGCGAGUGCAUGCAGCCAAAAUGCACUGCUGAGGAAAGAGCUAUCGUGCAAUUUUAAGACGAUUUCCUUGCAUCAUUACAAAUCUGCAGUCGAAGAGGCACACUGGUGAGAUUGUGAGUGGAGAGCCCUGGCUAUCUUCCUAUGAAUGGACCUUCUCAAACAGCAUUUUAACAUUUCAUUUGCGUGCAGCGAAACCAGUUACCACAGUGCCAGUAAGUCGUACCAGCAGCGACGUCCGCCUGAUCCACCUUUGAGAAACUCUCCUUCACGAGGGGGUCCUAAUAACGAUGGGCUCCUCGGUCAAGAAAAGGACCUCUCUCUCCCUCAGGGAGAAGGUCCGCAUCCUGGCAGCCAUCGACGGCGGCACUUUGCCCAGGAUGGGGCAGCGAGAGCUGGCCAAGCGCUUCGGGCUGUCCCAGCCGAGCCUGUGCCAGAUGCUGAAGAGCCGCGAGGCCAUCCUGCGGGACUGGGCCGCCAACCAGAACCCAGAGCGCAGGCGCCGGAGGACAGGGAAGGACGCGGAGGUGGAGGGGGCGCUGCUGCGCUGGUUCCAGGAGGCCCGGCCCUCCCUGCCGCACCUCUCCGUCUCCUCCAUCAUGCAGAAAGCAGAGGCGCUGGCGUCGGAGAUGGGCAAAAAGGACUUUGUGGCCACGGACGGCUGGAUCUCUCGCUGGAAGAAACGCAACAACAUUCGAUGUGGGAGAGGAGGAGGAGGAGGAGGGAGGCGCGGACAAGCAGCGGUGAAAGAGGAGCAGGGGCAGGGCCGGCCGGCACAGUCUCCUUGCCUCGCCCCGGCUGCUGAUCUCAGCCAGGCAGCGAAGGUGGCUGUCGGAGACGGCGAGGUGAAAGAGGAGCCAGCUGACGAUGGGGCUGAUGGAGAACCCUGCCAGGUGGCCGGUGAGCUCUGCCCAGCCCCUCCUGCUUCGGAGGACAGUACCCUUGAGGGGUACCUGGAUAAGAUAUUGAGGGACCCGGAGCCCCCCACUUCGAAGCAGGCUCGAUGCUGCUUGGCUCUGCUGCACAGGUUCCUGGAGUCCAAAGGGACGAGGGAUUAUGAGAACUUCCACAGCUUGCAGGCUGAGGUGCUUGGGCUGGCAGUGAAGGAGGAGAAAACUGAAGACUGAGCCAUGCCCAAGCAGAGAAUUGAGUAACGGAUCGUGGUCCGCUUGCCUUUGUAUUGUAAUGUGGAAGUGUUUACUCUCUGCAAAGGCCCGCCUCUUGACUGAUUGGCUGCACAGGAUAUUCGAGCAUUUUCAUUGGCUCAGGGGGGCAUUUCCAGCUUCAGACUCAAGGGUGUAGUUGAGAAUGUUGGUAUCGAGGUAAACAUGUGAGCAGCCCUGCAAUACUGAGUUUAUCUUGCAGUUUGAAAUGGAUCGUUUGAAGACAUCGUAGCUGGGGGGUAAUAUCGUUUAAAAUGUAUGAUGGGGCAGGGUGAUUUGUUUUAGGUUUGUUUGGAUUAAUUAAAUGUCAUUUUAUAACAAUGUAACUGGGGUUAAAAAAAAAAGUUUGUGGAUCACGGAUUUCAAACCCAAGUCAAAAGGCACGUAGUUAUAAAUGCGUCUCAUCCCUUUGUAUGAUGUUUUUACUCUGUAUCCCCGAAUGGUUCAGUCUGUCAGUUAUUUAAAACAGACUUAAAAUCCAUGAGAUACAUUUAAUUGAACACAUUUUAAUUGCAUCCCUCCAUUUCAUUAACUUCAUCAACCUGCCUCCCAGCCCCUCAGAUCUAACCAUUAGGCCACACUGCCUACCUCCCUCCCUCCCAGUCCCUGAUCUGUAACCAUUAGGCCACACUCACAGCCUGCCUACCGCCCAGUUCCUGGUCUUGAACCACGCGGGCCACACUGCCUCCUCCCUAGUCCCUGAGCUCUAACCACAAAGCCUGUCUGAAAAUCAAAUACACGUGCAUUUAAAGAAAAACAGCUACUGUAAAUAAACAUUUGGUAAGAAAUGAAUGAAUGCUGCGUCAUAAAAAACACAUGGAGUGACACGCUCACAGGGAAUGCUGCUCCUCCAGCUGUGUGUGGGUGUGAGGUGUUCCACUAGUAAUGACUUCUGCUGUGGAAAAGCAUCUGUGAAUAAACGUUUUCUUUCUUCUUUUCAGAGGGCUUCUAAAUAACUGCGUCACGCUGCUAGUUCUCAAGGUAGUCACGUGUUCCACUCAGGCCAUCCUGCAUCUUUUGAAAUGAUUUUAGCUGACAAAAUAAUUCCAUAAAUGUGUAGUGUAGGUCUCAACUCAAAAGUUGAAAGAAACAUUGUUAUUUUAAAACACGAUAUAGGGUACUACAACAGGUUAAAAAAAAAAAAAAUUACCAGACAGUAUUGCACUUGCUCCUAUUAAUUGACAUGCUUUGACCCUAUAGGCACUGCUGAGGUGGAACAACCCAGGAAGUGCAGGUAUAACAGACUUCCUGAGAAUAAGGCAUAGUAACUGAGAACUUUCUUAGUACCAGAUAUCAUGUUUUAAACAUGUUGCUGCAACAUGCGUUCCUUUUUAAAAAUUGCACAUUUUUAAACCUUCAAUCAUACAAGUGUUAAAGAGAUAAUAUUAUUAAUCCUGGUUGUACAAACAGCUCUGGCCAAAAG